AUGGGUUCUGUGCUGGAGGCAUGGGAGGCUUGCUCCAAGAUCGAUACCGUCUUCAUUCUCGUCUGCUGCGUGUUCUGCUGGCCCAUUAUCCCUGCAGUUGGCCUAGGAUACUCAGGCUAUUCCACUCGUCGCAGUGGUUUAGCCUCCUUCUACCCUGGCCUGAUAGCCGUGAUUGUGUGCAGCAUUCAAUGGUGGAUUAUCGGGUACUCGCUCGCAUACGGUGAGGGUAAUGCAAUCAUUGGGGGCUUUGAAAAGGCGUUCCAUCGAGGAGUUCUGGCGGACCCAGUGGGUACGAUUCCCGAGAUACUGUUUUCUGAAUUUCAGUUGAUCUUCUGUGCCACGGUCUGCGCGAUUGCCGUAGGAGGAGCGUGUGAACGUGGAAGACUGCUUCCGCUGUUUCCAUUUUGCUUCCUAUGGAGCACCUUCGUGUASGAGCCACUCGCGCACAUGGUCUGGUCCGACACCGGGUUUCUAGGCAAUUUAGGCGUGCUUGACUUUGCUGGAGGAACCCCUGUCCACAUAUGCAGUGGUGCAAGCGCAACCGCUCUCAGUGUCUAUUUGUCCUAUCCACUGUUUCGCUCUAGAAAGUCGGGUAGCCGCACGCCUCAACAUCUCAAAUUGCACCGACCCCAUAACAGCAUGUCUCAGUUACUUGCUUUGGUCAUUAUCUGGAACUCCUGGCUGGCCUUUGAUGCCGGGACCACGCUCUCACUGAACUUCAAGAGUGUAAUGGCUGCCUGUGUGACCAACAUUUGUGCCUCGGCUGGAGCUAUGACGUGGGCCUUCAUUACAUAUCUGGUAUCUGGGGUCUGGAGUCUCGACAGUACCUUUAUGGGCGCAAUCGCGGGUCUCGUUCUCAUUACUCCCAGUGCCGGCUUCAUUGACAUGACUACCGCAUUUUUCUUCGGUGUACUAGGAGCCGUGGCAUGCAGACAGGCUUUGCGCAUCAAGUUUACGAAAAAAGCUGCGAUUUGGCGCUGGGUAGACAACGGAGACACUUUUGCAACUCACUGCAUUGGUGGCUUUAUUGGGACAAUUAUGACAGGACUUUUCGCCCAAAAAGAGGUCGCUGCUUACGAUGGAGUGACAUACAUUGCAGGUGGUGUUGUGUUUGAUGGUAACUGGAAACAGCUCUGCAUUCAAUUUCUUGAAGCCGUCAUCGGUUUUUCUUGGAGUUUCAUCGGAAGUUACGCAAUCUAUGCACUCAUUGAUUGUGUUCCUGGAUUUGAGGUUCUUGCUACCGACAGUGAGGUCGUCUCCGGAAUGGAUGCCUCUCAGAUGGAUGAGUCGCUGUAUGAAGCUCAAUGGGAGGGGGAAGCAGACUAUCAUCCUUUCGAAGGCUCUGUCCGACUCGAUUAG